GAAAGAGUGAUGCCACUUGCCAAGUGCGCUUUGAUAUUGGGUAUGCAAAUCUAGGUUUAGGGUAUUGGGGGUGAGGGUUCUUCUUGCUGAUGCGUCUGAAGGCAAUCGAAGCGUCUUAGUGCAAAUAGUGUUUUCUGAACGUGACUUAACUUGUUGGAAGUUAUUGCGAAUUGAAGUUAUUGAAAUCGCGAAUUGGGUCGCAAGGUCUGUGAGAUUUGAGGGAUAGAUUCAGGCGUGAAGAGUUUUUGGAUAUGGGGCGUAAUCGGUAUGUGAAGAAGGGUGGAUCGAACCAGAAGGGUGGGUCGAAUCCAUUUGAAGAGAAAGAUCAGCAGAGUUUGCCAUCGCUGACGACACCUCCUCCAAGUGAAUCUAGCGAGAGAGGUGCGCGGAAGAAUCUUGCAGUUCACUUGGCGAUGUGGGAUUUUGGACAAUGUGACUCUAAGAGAUGUACGGGGCGGAAGCUUUCUCGACUUGGCUAUUUGAGGGAGUUGAGGGUGCAACAACGAUUUGGAGGAGUAGUGAUGAGCCCCAUGGGUAAGAAGUGCGUGUCUCGAGAAGAUCAGCAGCUAAUUAAAGAACGAGGGCUGGGUGUAGUGGACUGCUCCUGGAAGGGAUUGGACGAGGUCCCUUUUGCGCAGCUGCGGUGUGGCGCUGCUCGCCUCUUGCCCUGGUUAGUGGCAGCAAAUCCGGUGAAUUAUGGUAAGCCGUGCAAGCUCACUUGUGUGGAGGCUUUGGCUGCCGCACUUAUCAUCUGCGGGGAGAGUGAAGUGGCUGACCAGGUUCUGAGUCCGUUCAAGUGGGGCCAUUCUUUUCUAUCUUUGAAUAGGAACCUGCUGGACGCUUAUGCAGCGUGCAAAGACGGUGCUGAAGUGAUUGCAGUGCAGAAUGAUUUCCUUGCCACUGCUGGGAAGGAUGUCCCAGAAGGUAGUCGAAAUUCGGAUUAUGAAGAUGGGUCCGAUGAUGAUAUGCCUCCUCUGGAACGGAACAAUAACCGUUGUGAUGAGGAUGAUGAUGGAGACGAAGACGAAGCUGAAGACGAAGAUGAGUGUGAAGAUGACGAGGAUGGUGAAUGGGAAGACACUAAAACUAGUGUAACCGUAGAUGGUUCUGUACAGAAAGAUAAAGCUUCUGAAUCUGAGCUUGGGAAUUUGUUGCAACAAACCCGCUUGAAUGCGUAAGGGAUUGGUCGCACACAGGUUUACAAAUUCAGAACAGCAGUUUGUGUAGACCGCACCUAGAUUGGGCGUAACGGCGAUUCUCCGAGCUUUUGCUUCUCUUCAAUAGGGAAGUGGUGACCAAGGACUUCAAAUACUGGGACAACGAGCCUGCAGUAUCACCUCCACCGUUUUCCGGAAGUUGGCAUUGGGAUGAAGUCGGAAUAUACUUGUACGAGGAAGAAUCUUGUGAAUAUGAAUCUGUUUCUUCCGAGUCAAGUACAGCAGGUUGCUCCGACAUUGGAAGUUUUCUGUCCACUUUGGCUUUGAUAUGCUUUCCUUUGCCUUUUGAAACGAUCUGCAGCACAUCACAAUUUACUUGCCUGUUCUGGCUUUUUACCCUGCAUUUGUCUACAGUUCAAGAUUCAUUGUGUAGAUUGCUGAUUGUUAUGUAGCUUUCUGAGGAUAGAAUAAUAGUUGGUCUCUGCGCAGUACUGGAGGUACCCGCUGAAGAGUUCCCAGCAGUCUUUAUUCUUUUCAAUGCCAUGCAUUCAACUUCGAAAAAAAUGAAAACCAAGAAAAGUACACCCAUCGCCCUACCGUUUCAAAUAAUGAUGAAAGCAGCACCGCUACAUCCAGUCUGUAAAAGCAAGCUUCGCUCAAACCAUUUCACACACUGAUGAGUAUGGAUUCAUUGUAUUUGUAUUUCACACACUGAUGAGUAUGGAUUCAUUAUAUUUACUAUCUGCUUUAGAACUCACAUUUUAUGGAUGCAUAUGCGCGCAGAGUUAUCGUCUAGCAGUGGUGUCUGAAAUUAGUGAGUGAAAACAAUUUCUGCUAAACUUGAUAGGAUUGAUAAAUUAAAGGAUUUGAGUCCACUCUUGUCCAUGAUUUAGUAGCUGUGGGGAAAUAGGAUAUAUUCUCUGUUCGUCUUGAUGCUCUUGUUUGUGCGUUCUGGGUGGAUUUGGACUUGCGCAGCAUGUGGGGAUUUAUGCCCGAUUAAGUUGUGCGCUUGGAUCUGCACAAGUAGAGGUGAUCUCUACGAUACAUGCAGGAGUGGAUCUUGAAACGCAUGAUAACCCAUUUUGUCUGUAUAAGGUUCCUAAACGCUUUUACUUGGAGAUAUUGUUCUAGUCGCCGCAAAUUUGUAAGCUGACGCCGACUUGACCAAUUGGUCGAUCCUUCGGAGAGGAGGUAAUCAUGUACAGUGGGGUACAGAAAUAAUUCGAAUUUUUUUCCAAAGUGAAUCAGUGUUAGAAAUCACUGAACUUCAAAAA